UGCUUCCUGUUUCUUUCUGGAAACACUGUGCUUGUGUGGCUUUAUAUCAGAAGUCUGAAAGCACAGCUGAAGACGGGAUUCUGCUUCUGGUUCAUUUGAUACUCUGAAACUGAAAUGUCGACUGUCGGAGCCAUGAAUCCUUCAACGAUUGUCAUCCAGCUUCAGCCACUGACACAAACAGCAACUGGGACCAGUUCUUCUGUGCCUGUUCAAAUACAGCAUGUAGCAGGAGUUUCACCUCUUCAAGGAAAUCAGGCCUUUCUUAAAGGCCAACCAAAAGCCCUCGGGACUGUCCAGAUACUGAUCGGUCUGUGGAUUCUCCUGUUGGGAAUCGCGUCUACAGCCAUCUUCUACACUGGUGUUCCUUACUGGGCAUCUCUGAUAUACAUUAUUGCAGGCUCGCUCUCCAUUGCUGCUGAAAACAAAAUUUUUUCACCAGCCGGUUUAUGUUUGGUGAGAGCUUCCCUCGGGAUGAACAUUUUCAGUGCUAUAGCUGCGGGCAUUUCCAUUAUUGUGCUUUCACUGAGUUUGGCUUUUGGACCCACCCGCAGUUACUGCACAGAUACUUAUUGUUAUAUUCAUUUGACUCUCCUCUCAGGAAUCAGUGGUGUGUUGCUGGUGUUCGCCAUCCUUGAGUUCUGCAUCUCCAUCUCCCUGUCUGUGUUUGCCUGUAAAGUCACCUGCUGCUAUUAUCCUCAGAUUUCUGUGGUCAACAAUCCUUUAAUUCAACACCCUCCUGCAGAAAUCCCCCAACAGUACAUUCAAUGUCCUCAAGAAGUCCCCGAACCAUGCUUUCAACAUCCUCCUGCAGAAGCUCCUCUAGCGUACACUGAAGCAAAUAAAUGUGAAUCAACAUCAAAAUACGAGGCAGCGUGAUGAUUUUGCUGCUUUGAUGCUGUGAACAUUCAUUUAUACCUUGUCUAUCUGAUUUGAAUAAAGCACAUCAUCAGAUUAUGUGUAAAAUGUUUAUUAUAGUCAUCAAUAUAGAUAUCACUGUGUAUUUUACAUGUUACAUGUGUAUUUUUGUGAAUUUUCCUAAUACCUAUGUGUAUUUUUUAAAUGUUAUUUGUUUGUAUACUGAUAAAUUGGAUGUUUCAUCAA